GAUACCUGCCCCAUAUGCUCAUGGAGGCCGGCAGUGUAUGAAUAAUAGUAAAACGGUUUAGUCAGGAGAGCUGAGACACCUCCCAACGGACGUUUACACACUUUUCACCAGAUUCUCCCAAAAGCCUGGUGACGCAGUCCUGGGCAGUGGCUAAGGACAGAGGUUGGUGGUUGAGUCAAAGACCUGGGUUUGAAUAUUAGUUCUGACACCUAUCAGCUGUAUGAUCUUGGGCAAGUGAUUUAAUCCCUCGGACCUCAGUUUCAUAUCUAUAAAAUAGAGACUUCAUAGAGCUGAUGAGAGAUUGAAUGGGAUAACCCCCUCCCCCGAUUUAACACGUACAAGCCUCAUGUCCUCAUCUGAUAAGUGGGAGCAGUAACAGGGUUGUGGUGGAGAUUGAAUGAAUACAGUAUCCCUUGCUUUUCAGAAGUUUGCAUUACACCACUUGGCUUUUACCGAAGACUUCUAUUUAUUAGUACCUGUUUUCACUAACCGGAAGAAAUCCAAAGAAAAUUUUUGCUUUUACGGAAAAAGGUGAAAAAGGGAAAAUAGCGUUCAACAUUUGUUUUGCAGCAAUCCUUUAUAGAGGCAGCACACACCCUGAGCAGAGAGCCUGCCACACCAAGCUUUUCCCUGGCCCGGCACUCAGCAUCUCAGGAUCAAGCCAACAGAGCUUUGAGCUAUGUCCUGGGGCAUCUGUGUUUUAUCUCGAUUUAUUUUGUGCAUCUGUUAGCAAGAUGUGUCCUCAAGUAUCGGAAAAGCCUAAGAGAGGUUAUUUUUGGGGUAUGGAAAUGCUAAAAACAUUUUUCCAUAUACAUUAAUGGUAAUUGCUUCUUUGUUUUAUGCCAUUUUGGCUUAGGAAAGCUUUCGUAGGAACACUCUACUUUUGGGUAGUGGGGGAAACUUGUAAACAGAUGUGAAGUGCUCAGAACAGUGCCUGGCACAUAGUGUACAAUAAGUUAUGAGCAACAUGAGUAUUGGUAUUUGUGUACAUAUUGAUAUUAACACUGAGUGUCUGGCAAUUGCUGAGUGCUUAAAUAAAUGGCAGGUAGUAUUGGGAAUAGAACAGCUUUCCCUUUCAUGGGCUUGGGAAGAUUGCAUGCUUGCUGCAGCCUCCUUACUGGAGGCUGGUUCUACUGGGGCUAUUGGUUUAUUGAGGGCUUAUUCGGUGUGGGCUAGAGUCUGGGAAGGCUUCCUGGUGGAGGAGGCCAUUGGAAAUGGCAAGGUGGGUCAUUCCAGGCAGCAGGAGAGGAUGGGUAAUUCAUGGGAGCAGUGAUGCUGGGAGGGUUGGCCAGGAUGGUCCUGGACGCACAUCACCAACUUUCAUGAUUUCCAUCUCUCCACCAUAGAAACGAGUGUUCCUAUUUUAUAGGUGCUGUAGCCAGCUCCGGGAGGGUCAGCAAACUGCAGAGUUCUCAGGGUACCUGAGAAGUCCAAGGCUUGGGAGGUUCUCUGUGAAGCCUCUCCUCCCCCAGCAUGUCUUACAUUUGGGAAGCUUCAGAAGAGGGGUGACUUGUUUCUUGGGCAGAAAAGCAGUGCUUCCCCCAUCUUUAGGACAUCGGUCUGGGGUCCUUCAGAGCCUCUCCCGGGCAUAGGACUCCCAUUGUUCCAGCCCCCCUCUUGUACCCCAGACUGGCCAAACCGGUUCUGGGGAAGGGGGGCGGGGAGCAGGCACGUUGAGACAGCCGCCUGCCCGCCUGCGAGGUUCCCUCCGCCUUCGCCUCCCCCUUCCCCGCCCCACACAAUACCCAGGAUCGUGCACUGCCCGGCUCAGGGGCCAUGCUGACAUAGCCCCCCGAGGACCCAGCUGCAACCCCAGAGCCCCCAGGUGGUCUGGAGCCCUGGACCGUGUCGGAGGCUGGACAGAGCUCCCUGGCUGAGGUAGGGCCCCACCCUGCUGCCUGCCGUCCCAUCCUCCUCCCGCCAGUCUUCCCAGAGCGAGUCCUUUGUGCUGCCUGCCUGGCCUCUGAUCCUGGCUCCCAGCCUCCUGGGGCUCCAUAGCCUGUUUGGCCUGGAUCCCCUUUCCAGCCAUGACCUUCCACUCGGCUUUGUCCCUGAAGGGGCACAGGGGCCAUGGCAGGGCCCUACUCCUCUGGGCAUCGGGGCAAGGGGGACCAGGGAGGGAGGCAGGGAAAUCCUGGGCACAGGAAGCCAGAGGUGCUCUCCCUGAACCAUAGUAGUAUCCAGAGACCCUCUCUGCCAGCCUUGCCAAGUGGGCCCACUGUCCAUGUGAUUAGCAGUGUCCACUGGAUGGGGCCCUCCUUGGUCCCUGCCUGUCCUUCUGCCCGCAGAGAUAUUCAUGAUGACACGAGUUUCCUAGAGGGGGCAGCCAGGAGGGACCUUCCAUGCUACUUUACAGGUGGGGACACUGGGGCCCAGGAACAGGCUAUGACUCGCCUAGGGCCACACAGUUGGUAGUGUCAACACUGGGCUUGAACCUGGGCAGGGGUUUUCCCCUAUGGGUUCCAGAAUGACCACUGCCGCUAGAGUAUCCGGUGAUCCUGUCUGGAGCAGGGAAUGAGCCUGCUACUUGGGGCCAGUUCUCUUCCUGAGGUUUUUUUCCUUUAUUUUUUUUUUUCUAGCAGAGAUGAGCUGCACACAGUAUGAACACAGCUCAACCGCUCCUUGGUCCCGAGCACUGAGGUUGAGCGGGCCACAUCUUGGGAAGGCCACAGGGCUGGUAUCCAAGCUAGAUGGGUCAUUCCCAUUGCCUUUUGGUCUGGACAGAGGUGGAGGUUGACUCACCCCUGACUUUCCCUCUAGGGACCUGCCUCCAGCCUCCUCUCUACAGAAAACCUACCACCUUCCCCUGGCAUCCGCCCAGGCUUCUCCUCUAAGCCUUUAAUAGGGGGUGCUCCUGCCCCAAGGCUUCCAUGUUUUUGCUCACUUAUCCCUGUAACUCAGGAGGGUAUGGGGGGGUGUGCUCCCUGCCUUCCAGGGGCUCCCUGAAUCCAAGUGGAGAGGAUCUCCCAGAAUACAAGGGAGCAGAAGCACGUGUAUAUUCUUGCACAUGGGUCCCCACAGAAGCAAGUAGGACUUCUAUGUUGAGGACUUCAGAUUCCUGGAGAGAAAGAGACCUCUCUGGCCGGCAGUGGUCCCAAGUCUCCUUCCACAUGCUCCUACAAAGAAGGGUGGGCCUCAUCCUCACUGACUCAGUUUCCCCAUCCGUGUGACGACCCAAGCCACCUGCUGACUAGAGAAAGACUAAUCCCAAUAUUCAGGAGAAUGACUAUCAACUACAAAGCUCCCACUCUGUGCGAGGGGCUUUACGUGUGCUAUCAUUAAUUCUCGUGUUAGUGUUUUAAAGCUGGCAGGACUAGCCUAUUUACCAGAUGAGGAAAAAGAGACGUGCUCAGAUGGACAGAGGUUUAAGGUACAAGCUAAGCUGCCCACACGGACAGGGAGGGUAACUGUCUCUUAGGAGCAGCCCCACCCCAUCCCAGGCAGGGACUGAAGAGAGCAGGGCAGCAGCUGGGUGGCUCUGCACAUGGAGUGGUCCCCCCCUGGGUCCUCUCCUCCAUCCCCCCCUCAUCCCUUGGUCACUGACGCUGUCACUGUUUCUCUCAGGUCAAGAUUUUCUCCCUAUCGAUGUUUAUUGGGUCCCUGGCUAUUUCAGCCGGAACAGUUAGCCAUUACUUCCUCCAGGAAGCCUUCCUGGAAUGCUCAGGUCAAGUUGAGCCCAGCGCUGAUGGUUCCUCUGGCUUGGCUCCUGCCAACCCGGAUUGUAACUGUUUUCAUUUUCAGCUCCCUCACUAGACUGGCAACCCUGUGGGCCACAAAACGUUUGUCCCUCUGUCUCCCGGGCUUUUUCUGGGCUUUGCAUCUGUCUCUGAGUAUCUGGUCUGUGAAAUUUUCAGUGUCUCUGUCUCUGUCUCCAUCUCUGGGUCCCUGAAUGUCUUGGCGUCUGUGGUUUUCUGGGUUUGAGUGUUUUGGGGUCUCCCGUUCCGAGAUGCUGCCUAAAGGGUCUCCGUAUCUCUGGGUCUCUAUCUCUGUCUCUGUCCCCUGGGUCUCCUUGUCCUGCCAGGCUGGGCACUGCUCCUCUGGCCAGAGGGGGCCUCUGGGGGGGUCCUUGCUGCCCCGCCUGCCCACAGUGAGGCCAGGCUAGGGUAGGCCCCCGCCCAGCCCGCUGCCUGCUCCCUCCCUCCCUACCGCUUGCCUCACCACAGGGUUUGAUGAAUCAAACUCUUUGUCUGGGUGGGAUCUCCCCCAGCCAGCUGGGCAGAGAGAGGGCUUCUCCCGCCGGAGCAGGAGCAGAACAAGAUCAGCAGCGGCCCUCGGCUGGAGAGGUGAGAGGCUGCAGGAGGGCAGCCGGUGGAGGGCCAGGGGGAAGGGCUGUGGGGGCUCGGAUCCCUCUAUCAUCAGGCCUGUCCCGAGGCUCCCGCAGACUCCUUGGGGAUGACUCCCUGCCCAGAGAGGACCCGGUCAGCCUGGCUCGAUCGCUGGGGUUGGGAACCCCGGGUAGGGAAGAACCCCUCUCUCGCCCCAAGUGGGGGAUCCAGGACAUCUCCCUGCCCUUCUCCCAGGAGGGCCUAGCCUGAUCUGGGUGGUGGCCCGCCUGCCAGUCUGUGACCCUCCCAGCCAGCUUGGCAGGGUGUGGGCACCACUCAGCGCAGAAGGCUGCAACUCUGGGCAUGGUAGAGGAGGUUGGGUAACAGCAAAGCAAGGACUUCUGGGCCCGUGUAUUUGUGUCUGUAUCUCGGUGUAUGAGUGUGAAUGGAACAGGAGUGUGAGAAAGCUUGAGUGGGUACAUAAAUAUCUGAUGGGUCAGUGUGUGUGUGUGUGUGAGAGUCUGUGUGAAUAUAUGUAGUUGUGUGAAAAGUGCGUGAAUGCGUGAGCCUGUGGCUUUGAAGUGCCUGAGUGUACCUAUGAGAGUGUGUAUGUCCAGGUGUGUACUUGGAAGAAAACGUGUGUGCAUGUGCCUGGAACAUACAUGGAUUGUGCGACAACGCAUGUAUGUGUGUCUGAUCAUAGGUCAGUGAGAGUUGAAAAUGCACAAGGUGGUUAAAAGCGCAGACUCAGAAGCGAGACAGACUGGGUUUGAAUCCUGGCUCCCCGCAUAGGCCAAACAACGUCUGUGCCUCACCUACCUCACCUAUAAAAUGGGGAUAAAAAUAACAUCAACUCAGGGUUGUGAGGAUUAAAUGAAAUAGUAUAUAUAAAGCACUUGCCACUUGCCCAGCACUUGCCACUCGGUAAGUGCCCAAUAUUAGCUGUUACUAUGCAGUUAGGUGCGUGAGUAUGCGCACGCAUGUACACAAGGGUUUGUCCAGGCCUCCGAGACGGAGGUGGCUUGCUGGCCAGCCCUACUGUUCUGUGUCUGCCUCUCAUACCUUUUCCCGUGCAGGCCCAGGUGGGUGGCAGAGCAAAGGAGGAAUGGACUGUGGGCCACCUGCCACUCUCAAGUCCCACCUGGCUGGGCCACGUGGCUCUGCCCGCCACCCAGUAGCCGUGUGCCAGCAGGAGAGCCUGUCCUUUGCAGAGUUGCCCGCCCUGCAGCCCCCGAGCCCUGUGUGUCUGGAUCUCUUCCCUGUGGCCCCAGAGGAGCUGCGGGCUCCUGGCAGCCGCUGGUCCCUGGGGACCCCUGCUCCUCUCCAAGGGCUGCCAUGGCCGCCAUCCCCGGAAGUCCCAGACACCGACAUCUCCACUGGUGGGGCGAUGCGGCCCAGCAGGGCUGGCAGCUGGCCACACUGUCCUAGUGCUCAGCCCCCAGCUCUGGAAGGACCCUGGAGUCCCCAGCACCCACAGCCACAGCGCCGGGCCAGUCAUGGCUCAGAGAAGAAGUCUGCCUGGCGCAAGAUGCGGGUGUACCAGCGUGAAGAGCUCCCUGGCAGCCCUGAAGCCCAUGCUGUCUUCCUGGAGCCUGGCCAGGCGGCAGAGCAGGCCCUGAGCACAGAGGAGCCUAGGCCACUGGAGCUGUCUGGACCCUCCCGAGGAGGCCUGGAGGGGCCCGAGCGGAGGCGCUUCUCCGCCUCCGAGCUGAUGACCCGGCUGCACUCUUCCCUGCGCCUGGGGCGGAAUUCAGCAGCCAGGGGGCUGACCCCAGGGUCAGGCACUGGUGCAGCUCGGGAAGGAAAAGCAUCUGGAAGGGAGUCGCGCAGUGUAGAGAUGAGGGUGGACGGUCUGGCGAUGCCAACCCCUGUUGACCCGAGCGGGGGCCAUAGCGGCUGGCCCGAGCCCAGGCUGGAUACGCCGGAAGAGCUGGCCCCGGGGUCCAGGAGCGCCAGCGAGCGGCGCCAGUCACGGUUUCUCCUUAACACGGUCCUCUACCAGGAAUACAGCGACGUGGCCAGCGCCCGCGAACUGCGGCGGCAGCAGCGCGAGGAGGAGGGCCCGGGGGACGAGGCGGAGGGCGCGGAGGAGGGGCCCGGGCCGCCGCGCGCCAACCUCUCCCCGAGCAGCUCCUUCCGGGCGCAGCGCUCAGCGCGAGGCUCCACCUUCUCGCUGUGGCAGGACAUCCCCGACGUGCGCGGCAGCGGCGUCCUGGCCACGCUGAGCCUGCGCGACUGCAAACUGCAGGAGGCCAAGUUUGAGCUGAUCACGUCCGAGGCCUCAUACAUCCACAGCCUGUCGGUGGCCGUGGGCCACUUCUUAGGAUCUGCUGAGCUGAGCGAAUGUCUGGGGGUGCAGGACAAGCAAUGGCUGUUCUCCAAACUGCCCGAGGUCAAGAGCACCAGCGAGAGGUUUCUGCAGGACCUGGAGCAGCGGCUAGAGGCAGAUGUCCUGCGUUUCAGCGUGUGCGACAUUGUGUUGCACCACUGUCCAGCCUUCCGCCGAGUGUACCUGCCCUACGUCACCAACCAGGCCUACCAGGAGCGCACCUACCAGCGCCUGCUCCUGGAGAACCCCAAGUUCCCUGGCAUCCUGGCUCGCCUGGAGGAGUCUCCCGUAUGCCAACGUCUGCCCCUCACCUCCUUCCUUAUCUUGCCAUUUCAGAGGAUCACCCGCCUCAAGAUGCUGGUGGAGAACAUCCUGAAGCGGACAGCACAGGGCUCUGAAGACGAAGACGUGGCCACCAAAGCCUUUAAUGCACUCAAGGAGCUGGUGCAAGAGUGCAAUGCCAGUGUGCAGUCCAUGAAGAGGACAGAGGAGCUCAUCCAUCUGAGCAAGAAGAUCCACUUUGAGGGCAAGAUCUUCCCACUGAUCUCUCAGGCCCGCUGGCUGGUUCGGCACGGGGAACUGAUGGAGCUGGCACCACUGCCCGCAGCACCCCCCGCCAAGCUGAAGCUGUCCAGCAAGGCAGUCUACCUGCACCUCUUCAACGACUGCUUGCUGCUCUCUCGGCGGAAGGAGCUAGGAAAGUUUGCCGUGUUUGUCCAUGCCAAGAUGGCCGAGCUCCAGGUGAAGGAUCUGAGCCUGAAGCUCCAAGGCAUCCCCGGCCACGUGUUCCUCCUUCAGCUCCUCCAUGGGCCACAUGCGAAGCACCAGUUCCUGCUGAGGGCCCGGACUGAAAGUGAGAAGCAGCGAUGGAUCUCAGCCAUGUGCCCCUCCAGCUCCCAGGAGGAGAAGGAGGUCUUCAGCGAGGGCCAAGACCACCCCCAGGUUCAGUGUGUCAGGACAUACAAGGCUCUGCAGCCGGACGAGCUGACCCUGGAGAAGACUGACAUCCUGGCUGUGAGGACCCAAACCAGUGACGGCUGGCUGGAGGGGGUCCGCCUGGCAGAUGGCGAGAAGGGGUGGGUGCCCCAGGCCUACGUGGAAGAGAUCAGCAGCCUCAGUGCCCGCCUUCGAAAUCUCCGAGAGAAUAAGCGGAUCACAAGUGCCACCAGCAAACUGGGAGAGCCCCCCCCAUGAUGGGCAGCCAUGGCCUGGGACGCCAGCUCCGUGCCCAGCUCCUGCACCGGUCUGCAGGGACCUGUAGUGUCCCAAGCCCCAGGCCACUGCUGGUGUUCCACGGCCUGCGUCCAGAGUACAGCCCAUCCUCACACUCCUCCAGGUCCACACUUCAGGGCCGACACCAGUUUCUUCCUCCCACAGAGGGACUGCACAGGUGACCUGUGACAGCUGGCAAGGACUGGAGCCCACUCCCUUCAUGACUCUUGGUCCCUCUGGCAGGGGCCCAGCUGGGGACAGCUCUCGUGCUGAUGGGUGCUGGGACCUAUAUGUAUAUAGAUGUAUAUAUCUGGGGUCUUCUGGCCAGAGCCUGCAUGGGCCCUGGUGGCUGUGACUUUUCUGUAAAUAAACUCCCAUGAUGCCUUU